GAACAAUAGAUAACACCAAAAUCAGAAGGUCCACGAUUUUCACCGAACUCAAUUGAAUCCAUGGCUGCCUCAUCCUCUCUCUGCAACUUCCUCUCCUUCCUCACACCCUCAAAGCCCCCAUCACAAGCCAAACCCCCACCACCCCAUCUCCAUCUCUCCCAAACCCAGAAGCCCAGAGACGCCUUCGUCCCUCUUGUCGCCCAACCUGGUCCCUCUUUCUCUUCUUCCUCUUCGGAAUUGGAGUCCGUCAUGAACCCCUCUCUGGCUUAUGCCAACACUCUCUUCUUCAAGUCGGCUUACAAUGUCCAAGUCAUCGUCGACGAGGGCGAGUCCGAGGAGCGCCUGCUCAACCGGUUCCGGCGAGAGGUGAUGAGAGCUGGCGUCAUCCAGGAGGUUAAGAGGAGGAGGUACUUCGAGAACACUCAGGAUGAGAAGAAGCGCAGGACUCGCGAUGCUGCUAAGCGCAACAAAAGAAGGCGUACCUUUUCGAGGCCUCCGCUUAUGCAGAACAGGGGGCAGGAAGUCCCUGUACAGAAGAAGAGUGAUGAGGACGAAGAUAACUGGGAUCUACCUCAGGGAGACAUACCCUAUUGACCACAUUGUACCUUUUGUUGGUAUAUUUGUCACCUUGAUUUAGAGAGGCUUUUGGUUCAUGUAAGUUGCACAAUUUGAUUCAGUUACUCUUCGGUUCACUCUGUGCAUACUGCAUUUUAUGAGUUUCUAAUAUUGCUUCAAUAUGAGUGUGUACUUUGUGCUGA